GGUUGUUGGCUGGGAGGAGGAAGUGGGCAGAGCCAGUGAGCUGGCUGGGCCCGAAGAGGAGCCUCGGGGCGUCUGCCAGGCUGCGGGAGGGAGGGCCGUUCCUCGGCGUAACAAGUGGCGGAGGCGCCUGUCCUCCCUCGGGGAAAUGGCUGUCUUGUCCGCAUCGUGUGUGUCUAGGAUCUCUUCAGGAAUGGCCUUUCCUAAAUCUUUGCUGAAUUUUCUGACCUUUUCUUUUGGAUCAGCUAUUGGAUUUUUCUUGUGUUACCUAAUAUUUAAUUUAGUAUUGGAAGAACAUAUUAAAGUUCAGCCUCAUAUCCUGUACAAUGAUCCUCAUGGCCAUCACUCAGAUGAUGAUAAAAGCAAUCAGCUGAGAGGACAGAUGAAUUUCAAUGCAGAUGCUGGGCAACAUAAAGAUGAAAACAAAAAUACUGCUGAAGAGCUGCACCAAAAGGUAAAUCUUUGCUGGGUGAUGACUGGUCCUCAAAAUCUGGAAAUAAAGGCCAAACAUGUCAAAGCGACUUGGGCCCAGCGCUGCAACAAAAUGCUGUUUAUGAGCUCUGAGGAAAAUAAAGACUUCCCCACUGUGGGAUUAGAAACCAAAGAAGGAAGGGACCAGCUGUACUGGAAGACCAUUAAAGCUUUCCAGUAUGUGCAUGACCAUUAUCUUGAUGAAGCAGAUUGGUUCAUGAAGGCAGAUGACGACACUUACGUUGCCCUGGACAACUUGAGAUGGCUUCUUUCAAAAUACAAUCCUGAAAAACCAAUUUAUUUUGGGAGAAGGUUUAAACCUUAUGUGAAACAGGGAUACAUGAGUGGAGGUGCAGGCUACGUACUGAGCAAGGAAGCUCUGAAGAGAUUUGUGGAUGGCUUUAAAAACAACAAAUGUACUCAUAGCUCUUCUGUUGAAGACCUGGCAUUAGGCAAAUGUAUGGAGAACAUUAAUGUAGAAGCUGGAGAUUCCAGAGAUACAAGUGGCAAGGAAACUUUCCAUCCAUUUGUUCCAGAGCAUCACUUAAUCAAAGGAUAUCUACCCAGAACUUUUUGGUAUUGGAAUUAUAACUACUAUCCUCCUGUAGAGGGUCCUGGAUGCUGCUCUGACCUGGCAGUUUCUUUCCACUAUGUUGAUGCUGUCACUAUGUAUCAGCUGGAAUAUUUGAUUUAUCAUCUUCGUCCCUAUGGUUACCAGUUCAGGUACCAUCCCGAAUCUCCUAAAAAGCAAAACUUAAGUGAUGCAGCAAAGAGUGUUGCAAAAUCUAACGGUGAAAUGGAAAGUCCCUUGAAGGCCUCUAAAUAAAAUGGUUUAUAGUGCACUGAAGAAGCCUUAUUGAAUGCCGAACUGACACAGUUAGCUCACAGAUGGCUAGAUGGAUUUGCUAAAAAGGAUUUUUAGAAUUAUUUUGUUCAAGUGGCUUCAGACUGCAAGGUCUUGCUGAAUCAUAGGGAGGAUGUUUCACAUGCCAUGAGACUGCAAGGCCAAGUCUUUAAAGCUGUGUUAACUGCAAUGAAAUUGCUCUUAUUUUGGUACAUUAAUGUAUACUCACAAAUUUUAUAUUGAAGAAGAUGGCUAUUGUCCAGAUUCAGGCAUGAAUAUGCAGUAUUUUAAUCUUUGUCACGAGACAGUACUUUGCUGUACUUUCUUGAGCACUAAAUUAAUUAGGCACAUUACCUUGGAUAAUGAUUAGACUCCUUGCUAAAGAGAUUUAAAUGUGAACGUGUUUUUAAGAAGCAGCUUUAUUCUACAGUGUCAGCCUUCAAGAAAUAAGCCUCCUGAUUAGAUGCAGAGGCUCAAAUUUUCAUCUGCAUUAUUUAAAUUGCAUUGAGCUUCAGUUUCACCUGUCAUUCUGCUAGCACACAGCUCAAUUGCUUGCUGCAAAGAAAUCUAAUAGUAUUUGAAUUAUAGCAGAAGGAUGGGUGGCAACUUUGAAUGCUUAGUAUUGUUACUAUUAUUAUUUUAUUACUGAAAUGGGUACAAUCUCACUAGCUGAACAAAUUACACACAUCUGUGUAGGUAAAUUCCCUUCUCAUGCUGCUUCUGGAAAACUAAUUACUACAGAAGUAGCAAGAGAUUCAUAGCACUGUAUUCCUGCUGGUUUAUUGCUGUUGACUUUCUGUAUUUUAACACUUCUUCUUCUUUUUGCUUAUAGAACUGGACUGGCACCAGAUAGGUACUGUUUAAAUUGAAAUGUGAGGCUGUGUUGCUUGACUAGCAUUUUGAGUGUUUCCGUUUUAGGCUAGAUGGUUGCAAUAACGUAGUUCACCUUGAACAGUGUGCCUGUUUUGUGUUUAGUCGCCUCCUUUUCUUCAAAACAUAAUUUCUUUGUUUUGCUCUUGUGUUACACCAUGUUGAAAGGAGCCUCUUCCAACAAAUGAAGGAGCUCUGUACUUUGUGCUAAACUAUAUGAAUUUUAGUGUAAUUUUUCUUGUUGUGAUUUAUGCCUUCAUCCUCCACAUAUUGUAUACCAAGUUAAUCUGACCUGGUCACAGCUAGAGAUGUGCACGAACCUGUUCGGAGGCCCUUUUACAGGCCUCCGAACAGGUUCGAGAACCGGGCGGUUUGAAGUUCAAAGAUGGGGGGGGGUGUCUCACUUUAAGGGUUGGGGAGGGUGCACUUACCCCUCCCUCCGCUUUUCCCCUGCUGGAGCCUGGUAUUUCUCAAGUCCUAUGGGACGGCAGCAUACUUCCCUGCCACCCUGUUUGCUCUUCGGCCAGAAGUAGCUGGCACGUGUGCACUCAGUGGGCGCGAGUGUGCGCAUGCCGCAAGUGACCGCCCGAUGUGCAUGUGCUUGCGACUGCCAGGCGCACAUGCUCAGCUACUUCUGGCUGCCGUCCCGUAGGACUUGAGAAAUACCGGGCACUCGCAGGGGGAAAGCGGAGGGAUGGGUAAGUGCACCUUCCCCCGCCCUUAAAGUGUGACACCCCCCACCUUCGCACCGCCCGGUUCUCGUACCUGUUCGGAGGCCUGUAAAAGGGCCUCCGAACAGGUUCGUGUAGAUCCCUAGAUGUGACCAGAUCAGAUUAACUUGGUAUGACACCUGGCGUGGUUCCGUGCAAAUCCCUAGUCACAUCUUGGUAUUCAGGCAUUUUCACACAGUAGUCCUGCCAAAGUGUUCAACCAAGGCUUGCUUUUCCUCCUGCUCUUUAAUUCAUUGUAGUAAUGUUCAAAUUGAAAUUAUGUACUUGACAGUGGUUGCUGGUCAGAAAUAUUUGCCAAGCAUCCUAACUCACUACUACUUGCUUUUAAAAUGAAUUAGGAUAUUGGAGGAUUACCAGUGUCUUAUGAAAUGGUUUACUUCACAGUUGCAUACAUACUUCUGCCUCUCUGGUAUCCAGGCAUGAAAUAUGUUGGUUUUUGUUCCCACUGUUGCUCUUAAUGAAUCCUCAGUAUAAUCCUUAAUAUUCAUAGAUGAACAGGAUUUACCUCGUGUGAAAAGAAUGGACUAGAAGUUCAUGUUUAUGCUAUAUAUUUGGCCUGCGGAGAGAUUCUGAAAACUGGAACUGAUGCAAAAGUGUUGCUCUAGAAUUGAAGCUCUGCCGACAUGCUAAUUUUCAGUUUUUAGCUCAUCCACAAGUGCAAAAAUAAUAGGCACAGAGAAUUCUCAAAUAGCACUGGUGACAGAUGCAUUGUUGAGACAAACGUUAAGCUGUUUUGCCCAUUAAUGGGUUAAUUUUAAGCUUAAAAGGAGUUUUAACAAGAUUAGUGGCUGACUGUGGUCAGAAUGUUCUCCAGCUUCUUAGUACUGGUCCUUUCUCUUGCCCAGUUUGGCUCUAGUGACAUUCAUGUGUCUUAUCUACCUCAAAAUAUCCUCCAAACACCUGGUGUAAAUUUCCAGUGCUAUAGUGAAUUGUGUGGCUGAUGUGGGGGGAAAGUGACUGUUCUAAGCCUCUUAACCUUCAAGUAUCAUGAUGACUGUUAAAUAUAUAUUUAAGGUUCUCUCAAAACUGGAGUGUUCUGUCAAACAUUUAUAUUGAUUGAUAUAGCAACAACAGUACUAUUUUAGGUUGAAAUGCCUUGUUUUAUAUGUUAGUGUCCAUUUUAUUUGACUUGCAAAGUAUGGUCUUGGAUCCAAAGAGGCCCAUAGCGUUGGAGUGGGGGUGAUGCACAGUUUCCACAGAUCCCGCCCCCCACGCCCAUUGUACUGCAUAGUAUGCUGUUCCAGAAAGCCUGCUAAUCAUCAGGUACAGCUCUUUCUGGGCAGUGAGGGGAUGAGAGUGUGCAUGCAUGAAGAUAGAUGCAAGCCAUGGAUAUCUAGUAUGGAGCGUGGAAGAGUGCACCUUAGCCGGCUAAACAUGGUCUUCUGACCAGGUGUGCCUUUGAAGUGAAGCAGCACAAGAUCUGUUGAGAAAGGGCUCAUUACUUUGGGAUUCAGGUGGUUUGUUGUUGUUUUUUUCUUUAAACUUUUAUCUGACAGUGUUGUGUUCCUUGUAGAGAUGCAGUAAAGAAUCCAGUUGCCAAAUCCUCGAGAUAGACAAUUUAGACUCCAGCCCAACCCCAGAUUUGUUCUACAAGCUGGAGAGUGGUGGUGGUUAAUCAAACAUUCUGGUAUUUGUAAUAGCCAAAAAGCACAUUGGUGUCCAAAGGCAUGAGAUUUCUUUUAGGCAUUGUUUUGUUAUGUCCCAAAGCUUGCUCUUGUGGAUUGGUAUCAAGUUAUCUGAGAGAAUGCUCAACUGAAUUUUUAAUGAGCUGUAUCUCUUUUGUAUUGUAUGUAAAGUCCAACCUUGAUGACCAAAUAUUGCACCGCUGCUGAUUAUGACUUAAUCAGUUGUUUUAAAAUAACCUUUUCAUUAAGGUUCUUAACGGCUUUUGUUAGAACAUUCUGUAUUUAAUUUAAAGCAAUGUACAAAUUAUCUCAUUGUUAAUGUGCUAAGAUCAUUUUUGUAUUGUUAGAACUAAGUUUAACAUAUUUGAUUCCAUUUUAAAAGAAUUAUGUUCUAUUUUGAGAUCUCUUAAUUUCCUGUGCAGAGAAUAAAAUGGCCCCAUCCUUUAUCUCUUUGUAUAUUUUAAAUGACACCAUCUACAACUGAGUAUAAAGCUUAUUUUUGUCUUGUACUAACAGAAAAUGUUGUGAACUAUCAUAUAAAGCAACUUCAGUUUAAUGUAUAUUGUGUACAGCAUACAGUACUUUGCAAAUCUUACUGGAGACAUAGCUGAAAGACAACUCUUCACUGCUGAGCAGUAUGUCAAUGUUAAAAUAGUGACUAAAGAUUUAAAAGAUCGGAAAAUAGUUUUUCACAGUAAAUAGUGCUUGACUAUUUUAUUCAAGUGAUUGACAAAUGUCAACUUUUUUGAAAUGUCAUCUUUUGAAGUGCCUUUCACCAGUUUUUAGCAAUUAAUUUAAAUGACGUGCACAAAUAAAAUAUCACAAUUAUAAAAAAUGUUGUUUGCAACUUUUA